GUUAGAGCACUCCUAUUGUUACUGUUUAUGAAGACAGAGCGUGGAGCGAGCUUAGAUCUCUCCUCCGAGUGGCGAGCGCUUUGGUUGUAAGAGAGAGAGAGAUGGCGUCCCCGUUCCGAUCAGACAUAUUGAAAGGCAAGGUCGCUUUGAUUACCGGAGGCGGCUCUGGAAUCGGCUACGAAAUCGCCGCACAAUUCGGUCAACAUGGAGCAUCGGUUGCCAUCAUGGGCCGAAGGAACCAAGUCCUCCACUCUGCCGUCUCUGCUCUCCGAUCCCUUGGAAUUGCGGCAUUUGGCUUUGAAGGUGAUGUUCGUAAACAGGAAGAUGCAAGUAGAGUAGUGGAGUCUACUUUCAAUAGUCUUGGUAGCCUGGACAUUCUUGUGAAUGCAGCAGCUGGGAACUUUCUGGUAUCAGCCGAAGAUUUGUCUCCCAAUGGGUUUCGGACAGUUAUGGAUAUUGAUUCAGUUGGUACAUUCACAAUGUGCCAUGAAGCACUUAAAUAUCUCAAGAAAGGAGGGCCAGGGAAGAACUCAUCUAGCGGCGGAGCAAUAAUUAAUAUCAGUGCUACUUUGCAUUACACAGCUACCUGGUAUCAAAUUCAUGUAUCUGCAGCUAAGGCAGCUGUAGAUGCCAUUACAAGAAAUUUAGCUCUAGAGUGGGGCGCUGAUUAUGAUAUUAGAGUCAACGGGAUUGCACCCGGACCCAUCGAGGGUACUCCUGGUCUUCGUAAACUCGCACCUGAAGAGAUAAGCAGCAGAAUAAGAGACGAUGUGCCUUUGUACAAAAUAGGUGAAAAAUGGGAUAUUGCUAUGGCUGCUCUCUACCUUGCUUCAGAAGCAGGUAAAUAUGUGAAUGGAACAACUAUCAUUGCUGAUGGAGGAUUGUGGUUGAGCUCACCUCGUCGCCUACCGAAGGAGGCUGUUAAACAGUUGUCGCGAGUGGUGGAAAAGAGGUCCAGAAAUUCACCUGUUGGUGUUCCAAAGAGUAAGCUGUGAUUGUGAACAUCAGCAAUAAAAUAGAUUAUUUAUUAGGUUAGUACUUCACGCUGCAGAUAUAGCUUUGUAUGCGAGGAGCGCAUCGAUAUAAUUCAAGGAACUCAAACUUCUGUGCAUCAGUAAGUUGAACCUAACUUGGAGUGGGAAGCUUGAUUCCCCACUUGGACACGUCUUAUGUAGUAAACUUUAAGAUGGUUUGUGAUAGUAAGAUCAAGGCAGUAUGAAACUACUACUUGGAAAUUGAAUGUCA